AUGGAGGUGGAGGUGGUAGCUGCGGUGCAGCUGGACGAAACAGAUCCAGAGGACGACAUACAAAGUGGCAAGCUUGCCAGCCCUGUCACCAAGUCGCGGAGCUUUCAGCCGGGCUUGCUGACUGUUGAUCCAAGUCUUAUGCGCGGCAUAUCGCUUUCAGAGACCUUGCAGCAUGGUGGACGCCUCUGGCGUUCCAAGAAGUACCGGUCAGCUGCCUGGUCGUCCUCACAGCCAGCUGAGCACUUUGAUGUCUUCCUCUCCCACACUUGGGCUACGGAGUGGCACUGGAAGUACUUGUCCCUUUCGCUCCAGACUGGCUGGAAGCACGCUUUACUUGCCUGGCUUGCAACUGCUGCGGCCACGGAGUUGCUCUGGUGCUUCGACGUCUUGCCCACACACGGCUUCUACAAGGUGCAGCAUCCGGACUUCGCCCAAGACGUUCCUUUCGGGGGCUGGGCGAUGUUCCUCGCAGUGCCUAUGUCUGUCUUGGCACUGGUCCUGGCCCCUCACUGGCCCAACUUCUGCCACCAGCCAGAGCUCUGCUUCUUGGACGUUGCGAGCAUCAACCAGGACGACGAGAGCCUCAAGCAGCAGGGGAUUUACUCCCUUGGGGGUUUCCUUCGAGCUUCCAAGGAGCUUCGCAUCUUGUGGAGCACACCCUAUCUGUCCAGGCUUUGGUGCAUUUUUGAAGUUGCUGCUUUCCGCACCGAGAACCCAAAUGGUCAGAUCACCUUAGCACCGCUGUACGUCGAGGUGGUCGUCGUUGUGCUGUGGUUUGGAAGUUGGGCUGCGAUGAUAUCGGUCCGAAUCCUUCAGAUAUCCCCAGCAGGAGCGGAGAGGUUUCCGCUUCCUUUCAUACUGCCCGGACUUGCGCUUCCUGCUUUGCUGCUGUACCAUGCCUUCCGGAACAAUUUGGCAAGGAAGUUGCAGCUUCUGCGAGGCUUGGAAAGCUUCGACCUGGCGAAAACCCAGUGUGGAAAGGAGGAGGACAAGGAGUUCAUUCAUGGCGCCAUCGUGGAAUGGUAUGGUAGCCUGGAAGCUUUCACGACCUAUGUGAAGGGCCCUUUGCGCGAAGAACUUUUACUGGAUCACUCCAGCAACAAGCUCCCAUUGGAGUAUGCUCUGGUUGUGGUGAUGCCGAUCAGCAGCUUCGGCUUGGAUGGGCUCGUGGGGCUCAUAAAAGCCAAGGCCUCGACCAACGUCGUCCUGUCUUUUUUAUUCGGCUAUGCUUUGGGGACCACAUUUAUUGGCGCAAUGCUUUGCAUUCAGCUGCUGAUGGUUCUUGGCGGCGCGUGUUCCAGGGAGCAGACAUCCAUUAUUGGCCGCGCAGCUCAAUCUGUGGUCGUGUUGCUCACCUUGGGUGCAGGAUCUGUCCUUGCUGUCAGAGUGGGUGUCAUGGGAUAUCACGGUGGUGUCGCAUCAUCGUGCCUCACCUGCGUCUUAAUGAUGAUGGCUUUGUGGCUCAUCCAUGCAGGGCAUCGUCGAGCACAGGAGGUACACGCCUUUUGGCGCAGAUGGAGGUAG